UGGCAGCUCUGCAGAUGCCCGUACGGGCCAUGGAAGGUAAAAGCUAAAAAUGAUGACAAAGUUGAAAAGCUGUUCCAGAGGUGCCUCAUGAAAGUCUUGCACAUAGAUCUGUGGAAAUGCUAUGUGUCCUAUGUGCGGGAAACCAAAGGGAAACUGCCAAGUUACAAGGAGAAAAUGGCACAGGCGUAUGACUUUGCGCUUGAUAAAAUUGGCAUGGAAAUCAUGUCCUAUCAGAUAUGGGUCGACUACAUCAAUUUCCUGAAAGGAGUUGAAGCUGUGGGAUCUUAUGCUGAGAACCAAAGGAUUACGGCCGUCCGCAGAGUUUACCAGCGAGGCUGUGUCAACCCCAUGAUUAACAUCGAACAGCUUUGGAGGGAUUACAACAAGUAUGAAGAGGGUAUCAACAUCCAUUUGGCAAAGAAAAUGAUUGAAGACAGAAGUAGAGAUUACAUGAAUGCAAGAAGAGUUGCAAAGGAAUAUGAAACGGUGAUGAAAGGUCUGGAUCGCAAUGCUCCUUCCGUGCCUCCUCAAAACACACCCCAGGAAGCACAGCAGGUGGAAAUGUGGAAAAAAUAUAUACAGUGGGAGAAGAGUAACCCUCUGCGAACAGAGGACCAGACCCUAAUAACAAAAAGAGUUAUGUUUGCAUAUGAGCAGUGUUUGUUGGUACUGGGACAUCAUCCGGACAUCUGGUAUGAAGCCGGACAAUACCUUGAACAAUCUAGCAAGCUGCUUGCUGAAAAAGGGGACAUGAACAACGCUAAACUGUUCAGCGAUGAAGCUGCCAAUAUCUAUGAGCGGGCAAUCAGUACACUUCUAAAGAAAAACAUGUUGCUGUAUUUUGCCUACGCAGACUACGAAGAGAGGAGGCGGGGCAUGCCUGUGCCUAUAAAUAGACACUGCCAGAGCCGGAAGUUUGCUAGGAGAGCUGAGGGCAUCAAAUCUGGGAGAAUGAUUUUCAAGAAAGCCAGGGAAGAUCCCAGGACCCGUCAUCACGUUUACGUCACUGCAGCCUUAAUGGAGUAUUACUGUAGCAAGGAUACAUCGGUGGCCUUCAAGAUUUUUGAGUUAGGACUAAAGAAAUAUGGAGACAUCCCUGAAUAUGUCCUUGCCUACAUAGAUUAUUUGUCUCACCUUAAUGUGGACAAUAACACAAGAGUAUUAUUUGAACGAGUUUUAACAUCAGGAAGUUUGCCUCCCGAAAAAUCAGGAGAGAUUUUGGCACACUUCCUGGCCUUUGAAAGUAACAUUGGAGAUUUAGCUAGUAUACUGAAAGUGGAAAAAAGGAGAUACACAGCAUUCAAGGAGGAGUAUGAAGGGAAGGAGACAGCACUUCUUGUGGAUAGAUACAAAUUUAUGGACUUGUACCCCUGCUCCACAAGUGAACUGAAAGCUUUGGGAUACAAGGAUGUAUCGAGAGCCAAACUGGCAGCACUAAUCCCAGACCCUGUGAUAGCUCCAUCCAUAGCCCCUUCGCUGAAGGAUGAUGUUGACCGAAAACCAGAGUAUCCCAAACCUGACACGUCCCAGAUGAUCCCUUUCCAGACGGGACAUUUAGCUCCACCUGGACUCCAUCCUGUUCCUGGCAGAGUAUUCCCAGUCCCUCCAGCUGCAGUGAUCUUAAUGAAGCUGCUUCCUCCCCCCAUUUGCUUCCAGGGCCCAUUCGUACAGGUUGAUGAGAUUAUGGAAAUCUUGCGGAGGUGCAAGCUGCCGGACACAGUGGAAGAGGCGGUGAGGAUCAUUACAGGAAGCCAGGCAGAGAUGAACAUGGAGGGGAACGGACCAGUUGAAGUCAACACACUACUAAAUAAAUCUGUGAAAAGACCCAAUGAGGAUUCCGACGAUGAAGAAGAGAAGGGGUCUGUGGCCAUCUUUCCUUUCUCAGUGAUUCCUUGUGGCUGGGCGGUGCACAUUGCUUGUAGAUUGCAACGUAGAAGCUAAAAGCUGAACAUUUACACUACUGAGCCCAGGGCCAGAGGGAUGAUCCAGAGAAAGGAAAAAGAUGGUGCUCACUAGAAUACAACUCUGGCUCUGAGGUAACGGAUAAUAAUUACUGGGGGUACCUAACUAGUCAGCAAGCCAAGUGAUUCAGUCUUUCCUUGUCCUUAAAGUGGCCAUACAUGGGCUGACCCAUACUGGAUGGAACAGGUGGAUAUCAUACAAGGUAUGGCCAGAUUUAUAUUGUUCUUUAUUUGCCAUACAUGCCCAGAGGGUCAGGUAAAAUUAGCCAAAAUGCCUCACCAGAUGUGGGCAUACAUGGCAAGCUUAAGGCCCCAUGCACAACGCUGGUUUUUGUUCAUUAUUGCAAUCAUUCGCACUGUCCUUACCAAGCUGCCGCAUUUCAGUGGAGGUCACAUGGGUACAUGAACAGCAUGCAGUCGAUGUCCAGGCAACCAAUCAAGCCUCAUUUUAUAAAAGGGGUUUUUACUGUAAUAUUUAGCUAAACAUUUGCAUUUUUAGACCAAUCAUUCUGAGCACUGUUGGGUGGGAUUAUGGAUAAAAAGUGCUGAGUUUCAGUCUUACAUCUCUUUACCCCCAACUUACACAUCCGCCACCUUACCAAUGAGAUUGUGCUAUACCAUAGCAUCGUACAACUAUUUAGUA